AUGAAGCUCGCUACUCUCCUCGCUUUCACUGUGACCACAGCUGUGGUGGCUGCUCCCGCCGGUGAGGAGGGCCUUGUCACUCGACAAAACGAUGUGACAGACCAAAUUUUGUUCAGCAUCACUCUUCCGGCAUUUACCACUCGCCGAAAUGCAAAGAAUCCCCCUACGCUGGAUUGGUCUUCAGACAACUGCUCCUGGUCUCCUGAUAACCCUUUGGGAUUUCCAUUUGAGCCUGGUUGCAACCGCCAUGACUUUGGAUACCGCAACUACAAGAAGCAAACCCGCUUCACCACGGCCAACAAACUAAAAAUCGAUAAUAACUUCAAGAAAGAUGAUGCCUUUCUCAGUUUGUAUUAUCAAUGCAGGAACCAAAGCCUCAAAUCUGUUUGUGAAGCUCUCGCCAAUGUCUAUUACGAGGUGGUUCGAAGAGUUGGAAAGCAAGCGGCUUCGUCGUUGGUCAAUGCCAAAUUGGAUGAUGACUCGUCCGCUUAUGAUGCUGCGGUUGCUAAAUAUGAAGAGGAGCUAAAGAAGGCUCGAGAAAGAGGUGACCUUCCCGCCGAGUAG